UAUCUAUUACGCCCCAAUCUAUUGCCAUUCCUUAAAAUUCAGUAUAAUUAUUUUGAACUGAGAUACUCUACCGUAUAUAUAUAUUUAAAAUGUAAUUUUGAUGCUAAUAUUUUGAUCUCCAGAUCGUCGGUGAAAACCUUCCCGUAAGAAUCUCAUAUGCUUUAAAAGGUGUAGUUUUGACUGGUGGAAUAUGUCCUAUUACCAAGAUGAUGAUGCUGAAUACAUGGCAGAUGAGUAUGGCAUGGAGGACAUAGAUGACAUGGAUGAAGAGUUCCGUGCCAGAGAUAUGUCUGGCUCGGAGUCUGAUGUUGAUGAAUAUGAUUUCUCGAAUAACAAAAUAUCUGAUACUUCUGCUGCUGAAGCUAGAAGAGGAAAAGACAUCCAGGGAAUACCUUGGGAUCGGCUAAGCAUCACUAGGGAAAAGUAUAGGCAAACUAGGCUAGAGCAGUACAAGAACUAUGAGAAUAUCCCCCACUCUGGAGAAGUCUCCGGGAAGGAUUGCAAGAUUACCAAGAAGGGUGCCUCAUACUAUGACUUCAGGCUAAAUUCAAGAUCUGUGAAAUCAACAAUACUUCAUUUUCAGUUGAGGAACUUGAUAUGGGCUACAUCAAAACAUGAUGUUUAUCUUAUGUCUCGUUUUUCUGUCAUGCAUUGGUCUUCAUUGACACACAAGAAGCGUGAAAUUCUUAAUGUUUCUGGGCAUGUGGCACCAUCCGAGAAACAUCCUGGAAGUCUGAUGGAAGGUUUUACGCAAACACAAGUCAGUACUCUUGCAGUAAAGGAUAAUCUGCUAGUUGCUGGAGGAUUCCAGGGUGAACUAAUAUGCAAGCAUUUAGAUCGACGGGGAAUAAGCUUCUGCUCCAGGACAACUUAUGAUGACAAUGCCAUUACUAAUGCUGUUGAGAUUUAUGUCACUCCAAGUGGUGCAGUUCACUUUACGGCCUCAAAUAAUGACUGUGGAGUCAGAGAUUUUGAUAUGGAGAAAUUCCAGCUUUCUAAGCAUUUUCAUUUUCUUUGGCCUGUCAAUCAUACUUCUCUGAGCCCUGAUGGGAAACUUCUAAUAAUAGUUGGAGACAACCCUGAUAUUAUGUUGGUAGACUCUGAUACUGGGAAGACUGUUAUGCCCUUGCAUGGACACUUGGACUUCUCAUUUGCGUCGGCAUGGCAUCCUGAUGGUGUCACUUUUGCAACCGGGAACCAAGACAAAACAUGCCGAAUUUGGGAUGUUCGAAACUUGUCAAGGUCAAUUGCUGUUCUCAAGGGGAACCUUGGAGCAAUACGGUCCAUUCGCUACACAUCUGAUGGUAAGUACAUGGCCAUGGCUGAGCCUGCUGACUUUGUGCAUGUGUAUGACGUGAAAAGUGGGUAUGAGAAUGAGCAAGAAAUCGAUUUCUUUGGUGAGAUAUCUGGCCUAUCCUUUAGUCCGGACACAGAGUCUCUCUUUAUUGGCGUAUGGGAUCGUACAUAUGGCAGCCUUCUUGAGUAUGGCCGGCGGAGGAACUACUUUUAUCUUCAUUCCCUAAUGUGAGUUGAUUGUGAUGCAGUCAAAACAAGCAUGUUGGUGUAGUUUAUGAUAUUUGAGGAACUUGUAUCAUUACAAGUUGUCGAAGAGGGUUUACUGUAGAUGUAAAUGUAAAAUGAAACGAAUUAUGUAACUUUAGGUGAUUGCUGUUGAAUUAGAAUUUAGUUUUCUGAUGAUAUAAGAUGUUAAUGGGAGAAAGGGUAGAAUUAGAUAGGGUUCUUAAGUUGAACAAAAGUGAAAGACGUGUAUGGUUUCCUUUGCUGGGGAGCUACACACUACAGGUUUUAAAUUUGAAUUUAUGAACGGUGGAUUUGACUCAA